AUGUCUUCGUCAACAGAUCAUCAACAAGGAAAUCAUAUUCUUCAACCAUCGUAUAUUAUGGAUGGUACAACAUCAUUAAAUGGUACAAAUGAAACAUUACCAUUAUGUAAUAUUAAAAUUAUUUGUAUACAAAAAAAAAAGAGAACUAAACGUCAUAUUUAUUUAACAUUUGUUGAAAGUUGUCCAUUAUCAUCAUCAAAUGAACAGCCAUGUGUAGAAAUAAUAGGUAAAACAAAUGGUUCAUCGAUAUUAUUAAAUGAAUGUAUAUCAUAUGAAUAUUUUGAUACAAUUAAAAAUGAUUUUCAAUCAUUUAUUUAUAUUUAUUUUGAAAAUUAUACAAUAUCAAUACAUUUUUCUGAUGAACAUAUUCAUAAAAAACCUCUUAUUAUUAAACAUUUUGAAUAUAUGUAUAAGAAAAAUAAUGAACAAUCAAAUGAAAUUAAUAAACAACAAAUAUCUCAAGAAUUACCAUGUUUAUCAAUAACUGAAAAUAUUUUACAUACAUUUGAUAUUAAAUUAAUUCCAUAUGGAACAAUUAUAUCUCAUAAUCAUAUAUUAAUUGGUCAUGCUCGUCUUUAUUUUACUACAACAGAUCUUUAUAUAUCUUCAAUUGAUUGUGAUCAAAUUGAUUUAAAAACAACAAUUACAAAUCAAUGUCCAUCAAAAGAUAAACCUAUUUUAUGUAUACCUUAUUUUACAAUAAAACAUUAUGGAAAUCGUUCAAAUAUAUUUCUUAUUGAAUUAGGUAAAUCAAAUUAUGGUAAUGGUGAAAUACAUAUGAAAUGUCUUUCAUCAUCAUUAGCAAGUACAAUACAUUUAUUAGCUAGUCCUGUUAUUGAAGAACGACCAUUAAUACUUUCAUCAGCAUUUCAAAAUCAAUUAUUAACACAUAAAAGAAUGGAAAAAUCGAAAAAUAUUCAUCCACCUAUACAACUUAAUCAUGAUACAGUAAAUUCAUCUAUUGCUGAUCGAUCAUUACCUUUUUCUAAAGAACUUUCAAUUGAACGUUUAUCAGAAAAUUCAACGAAAUCCAAUCAAGUAAAAUCACGUUCAUUAUUUAGUUGGGUUCGUAAAUUAGUUAAAAAUACUACACAAUUACAACGAUCAUAUCAAUUUGAUAGUAAUCAAAAUCAUUUAAAUCAACAAUCAAAAAUUUUAUCAUCAUCAAUGAAUAAAUUUUUUGAAUUAAAUAUUGAAGAAAAACAAAUUUCUCAUGAUCAACAACAGAAUAUUUUACCAAAAUCUCAAAGUACAAUUGAUUCAUUGGAAUUAAUUAAAAAUAAAACUAAUAAAAUUUCUGUGAUCUCAUCUUCAAAUAAACAAGAAACAACUAAUGGAACAUAUAUUGAUAUGGGUCCAACUAUUUCAAAAAUAGAUUCAGAUCAACAAGAAGAAAUUCAUGAUGAAAAAAAAAUAAUAAAAGAAAUAACAACAUCUACAGAUAUUGGUAUUAAUACUACUAUCAGUUUACCACCACAUGUUCAUUCAGCUAUUAUUGUUGGAAAUUCAGUUCAUUUGAUUGCUGAAGAACGAGCUGUUUUUCCAAUUGGUCAACGUUCCUUCACUUCUCCUGCUAGUGUUAUGCAACCUUUCAAAGCACAAUUACAUGGACAAACAAUUAAUAAUAAUUAUACAACUGAAACUAAUUUGACAUCAUGUGUACCAAAUAAUUCAAGUUCAAUUCAUCAACCAACAUCCAAUUCCAAUUCUCAACAAUCAUUAUUUCUUUCUUAUGGUAUAGUAACAUUAAAUAAAAUUCCAUUAACAUCUGAUCAACCUGAACGUCCAUCAAGUCCAUUAUCGGAUAUUUCAAGUAUUGAUCGUCGACUUAAUUCUGAUCUUAGUCUUAUGUCAAUAUCUCAUCAACAACAAGCAUCAAAUAUUUAUUCAUAUGAUAAUAUAUUAUCAUCAUCAUCAAGUUCACAUAUAUUUCGUACAUUAUCACUUUCAACAAAUAAUAUUGGUGAUAAUACAUCUGGUCAAAUAUGUACAUCAAAUGGUAGUAUUAUAUUUUUUGAUGAUAGUUUAACAGAUCAAGCAACAACAUAUUUACUUGGUUCACCACCAAUACCAUUAACUGAUGAACAAAUUCAAACAAAUUUAUCACGUGUUUCAUCAUUUAAUUUACCAACAUCUAUAUCACGUACACAUUUAUCAAAUAUAAAUGAAGAAAAACUUUCAACAAAUGAUUCAUAUGCAUUUAUUGAACCAUUAUCUAUAAAUGAUAAUUCAUUACCUAAUUUAUUAACAAUUCUUACAAAACCUUCAUUAAUAUCAGAAAAAACAAUUAAUUAUACUGAUUUACUUUUACCAUCAUCAAAUAAUAAUAAUGAUGAUGAACAACAAAAUAUAAAUUCAAAUGAUCAAAAUAAUGAUCAAUCGAAUAAUAUAAAUGAAGAAAAAACUGAACGAUCAUCAACUGUUAUUUAUACAGGUAUUGAUUUUCAUCAAAUUGAACGUCGUGAUCGUAUUGCUCAAUUAGCAGCCACAUCACAUAGUGAAGAUAAAACACCACCAUUUGUUUUAUAA